AACGUAUGUGUCUGGCAGCACAUCUACUUUUAAUGAACUUUUCUGAACAACAUGUUUACUGUUUUGGAAUGGAACGCUAAAUGAAUGGACCUACUACAAUAUUACCCUAAUUUUGGAUGUUUACUAGUCGUUUGGAGUACAGGCUUGUCCUUUCACUCGCGCAUUAUAUUUGCGGUGCAAAAUUACAAUGAAAUACUUAGUUCCGUUAGUUUAAAACUAAAACACGAAUUUAUAAUCAUACAUUAAUACAUUAAUUGCGUGUUUAAAAUCAAAAGUGACAUUUGAUGAAAUGGUAUUUAAUAUUAAACAAAACAAAAAAACAUGCGUGCAUGUAUGUUGCAUUGGCGCUCCAGGUGUUGCCAUGGCAACCGUAAACCGUGUUGGGACGGAGCGUGCGUCUCUCCGGUGAAACUCAACAACAAACUCACGACAUCUUUGGAGCUCAACAGAAAGGACAAUCUGUGGGCCUUUUUAAGGGCCAGAAGCUAAUAGAAAUGGUGCAACAAUUCCAAAGUCAAGUUGAAAUCAAAACCCUGCAAACUACUUCGCCUUCAUCUCGGUACAGUGUCCAUUUACCUGCUCUCAACCCAGAGAGACUAAAAACAGCCAAGGCCAUUGUGGACAAAACUGUUAAGUUGCAUAAGGUAUUCUCCGUUCAGGGUCCCUACCCAGCCAUUAGGGCCUCCCUGAGGGCAAGAGGCUGGGUAGAAAAGCGCAUGUGUCGCUCUGGCCACCCUGUGUACAAGCGGCAUGUCAAAGAGGCCUGCUGUAAUGAUGCUGGUGACAUCAAAGUUGAAUAUGAUGACAAAAACCACGACCAGGAUCCGAAUGGACUGUAUGAACUUAUGUCUCGCCUGCUGCGGAAUGAAAUGGUUUAUUUCUACUGGACAAACAGAAGAGAUGCCAUAAACACCAAUAUUUUGCAAAAAGAACAGAUGAUUAAUCAUUUUGCCAAAGCAGGCAGCUUCACCACCAAGGUGGGCUUGUGUAUGAAUCUAAGAAGUCUGCACUGGUUUGACUCAGCAGACCCGGACACAUUCUUUCCUCGCUGUUACAGGCUAGGAGCACGGGAUGAGAAGCAUGCUUUCAUUGAAGACUACAGGAGAACAGCCUGCACAAGUUUUUUGAAGUACAUUGUGGAGAAAGCACAGAAUGUUGAAGAAGAAGGAAAAAAUGAGCACAUUCAAGAAGCGUGUGAACCUGUGAUUGUUUCCAAACUGAUCAGCAGAGCUCUCAAAGUGUGCCAGGAUUUUCUCGAGAGUUUGGAGCACGCAGACAUUGAUGCUAGUUUGGAAACAACUUCAUCCCUUGUAAAGGAAGAGUGGGGGGAAUUCAUUGACAACUACUAUUUGUUUGUUCAUGACAGAGCACAAAUGGAAAUCAGUAAUUCAUUAGUAACCUGCUGUAAGGCCAUGCUGCAGAGGCUGGCUGAGGUCAGUCCACAGCUGGAGACAGAUGGCAUACACAACAUAUGGAUCAUCAAGCCUGGAGCCAAGUCCAGAGGCAGAGGUAUUAAAUGUGCCAAACGUUUAGAUCAGAUCCUCAGGCUUGUGGACAGGGAUCCAGCUUUGAUCAAGGAAAGCAAGUGGGUGGUGCAGAAGUACCUGGAGCGCCCCUUCUUGGUGGAAGGAACCAAGUUUGAUGUGCGCCAGUGGUUUCUGGUCACCGACUGGAACCCUCUCACCGUGUGGUUUUAUAAAAAGUGCUACUUACGUUUCUCUACACAACCUUACUCAUUGGACAUACUAGACAACUCUGUACAUUUGUGCAAUAAUUCCAUCCAGAAGCAUCUGAGGCCUUCCCAUCAACGCCAUCCCGUCAUUCCGGAAGACAAUAUGUGGUCUGAUGACCAGUUUAUGACCUUUCUGUCCAGUCGAGGUCAAAAGGAACAAUGGGAAAAUGUGGUUGUGCCUGGGAUGAAGAAGGCUGUUAUACAUGCAUUGCAGACUGCACAAGAUCUUGUGGAUUCACGGAAAAACACUUUUGAGCUUUAUGGGGCCGACUUCAUGUUAGGCCCUGAUUUACAUCCAUGGCUGAUUGAAAUUAAUGCUAGUCCCACCAUGGCCCCCUCUACGCCCGUUACAGCUCGUCUUUGUGCAGCUGUGCAAGAGGACAUGCUGCGUGUCGUCCUAGACCGCAAAGCAGACCGAUCAGCAGACACAGGGGAUUUUGAGCUUAUAUAUCAACAGGCAACAGUAGAUGUCCCGCAAUAUGUGGGAGUCAAACUAUUUAUUGAGGGAUUAAGACUCAAAGACACCUGUCUGCUUCCGCCCUUGAGGCCACUGAAUCGCUCAGCCUCAAAGUAUCGUGGCACCAAAAAGGAGAUGGCUCAAGAAAAAGUAAAACCUCUGCCAAAAGUGGUCAAGAGUGCCAUUUCACCCAUCAAAAACAUCUCAGAAAAAGUUCCUACUCAGCCAUCAAGGCACGUUCCAAUUGAAACGUUCACCCUUCACCUGCCAAAGACAGGACACAGGUCCAUCCAUCUCCCUCUUGAUCCUCACUCACAUUCUGUACUUUUGUGGCGAAGGGGCUUAUAGAAAACACAUCCUCAGUAAAAUACUAACCAAAGGCCAUAAUGGAAGAAGUACAAGAAGCUAUUAGGUUAUAGUUCCAAAACAAUCUAGUAAGGCAGCAGCUUCAAACCACUUUAGUUGGCGGUAAGGAACCUGCAAGCAUCUCUCCCAUAAGGAUUUUCUAAAAUGUAAAUUAAAACAUAAUACAAUAUUUGUUGG